ACCAAUAGGAAACGUGACAUGUAUCUAACCAGCAAACGGAAUCAACAAGCUUAUUAGAGCGAAAGAAACGCUGUUAUAACCGAGUAUAGCGCUUCAGUUACGUUACUAAACUACAUACCAUAAUGCAUUAGAUGUGCAGCAUACAGAUCGCUAUGCUAGGCUAAAAAUGAUUUUGUCAGCGAAAUGUUUUUUGUGCUGGAAUUUCCUGUAGGAUGCGUAGGAGCUCACUGACAGCUGGAAUGUAACGUUAACAUGGGGUCUUCUUAUGAGCUGGCUAACCCAGCUAGCUGCUUAUAGAAAUCUGCCAGUUUGACAAUAAGAUGCAUUUCGUUUCGAGCAAACAGCAGACGCGUGCUUAGGUGUUUAUAGUUAAGUAUGCUAGGAUGUUUAAAAAUGUGUUCGGAUCAGGAUUUCUGGUGAGGACUGCUCAUGUCAUCUUGACAUGGGUGAUAACGUUGAUCCUCUUCCUCCACGACACCGACCUCCGGAAACAGGAGGAGACGGGGGAGCUUGCACUGCCAGUUCUGUUUGUCCUGCUGGUCCUGGUGUCCGUGCUGCUGUAUUUCGCAGUUUCACUCAUGGAUCCUGGUUUUGUCCUUUCUGAUGACUGUGAUUUGCAGUUCACACUUGGCAUCACAGAAGAGAAACAGGACAUGAUUCCUCAGACCAAAUCCUUGCGUCUGCGGCGCUGUGGUCACUGCCUGGUACAGCAACCCAUGAGAUCCAAACACUGCCAGACCUGCCAGCACUGUGUGCGGCGUUAUGAUCAUCACUGCCCCUGGAUAGAGAACUGUGUCGGGGAAAGAAACCAUCGCUGGUUUGUGCUUUAUCUGGCUGUCCAGCUCAUUGUCUUACUGUGGGGAUUGUACAUGGCCUGGUCAGGUUUCAGUCAUGCCCCCACCUGGCAGCUGUGGUUGAGGACCAAUGGUGUUCUGCUGGGAGCGGCAGCGGUGGUGGCAGUGUUAUCCUUAACUGUGCUGCUCCUCCUGGGGUCUCACCUCUACCUGGUAUCUCUAAAUACCACCACGUGGGAGUUCAUGUCUCGUCACAGAAUCUCUUACCUCAAGCAUUGCGGCACAGACGAAAACCCUUUCGACCGUGGAACCCUGCGCAACCUCUGGGGUUUCUUCUGCGCGUGGGAACCUGUGGUGUGGGAGCAUGUCUAUUUCAAGCAAGGCAAUGAUCCAAUUUAAAUCACAGUGCUACCUUGAAUUCGUAUAGCUACAAUUACAGGUAACCAAUAAGAAGUUGAUGUUUUGG